AUGCCAACAAAACUCAAACCAACUACCCUUUUCUAUAAGCGCUUGCCUAAUAAGAUUCACUGCUCGUACUUGUCUACUGAAGCAGGUUUUAAACACCAAAACGUGUCCAAAACCAGAAAAGCCAGCAGCUUUCUUGUUUACUGCAAUUCCCAAAUCACUCAAAGUGGAAGAAAUGGUGAUAUCAAACAAGCAGAGUCAGUAUUCAAUCGUAUGCCGAAGAAGAAUACUAUUUCCUGGACUGCUAUGCUCACUGCAUAUGCUGAAAAUGGCCAAACUACCAAAGCACGUAAACUGUUCGAUGAAAUUCCCGAACGAAACGUAGCGUCGUAUAAUGCGAUGAUCACAGCUUAUAUUAGGGACCAGUGUAUGGUAGGUGAAGCUUUUGAGUUGUUUUCUAGGAUGCCCGAGCGUAAUGAGGUGUCUUAUGGUGCCAUGAUCACGGGUUUUGUAAAGGCGGGGAUGUUUGACAAGGCUGAGAAGCUUUACUGUGAUAUGCCAGUUAAGUUGCGCGAACCGGUUUGUUCAAAUGUUUUGAUAAAUGGGUAUUUGAAGGCGGGAAAAUUUGAAGAAGCAGUUCGAGUUUUUGAGGGAAUGGUAGAUAGCAAUGUGGUUUCUCAGAGUUGUAUGGUUGAUGGGUAUUGCAAAAUGGGAAGGAUUGUUGAUGCUAGAAGUUUGUUUGAUAGGAUGCUGGAGAGGAAUGUGGUUACUUGGACGGCAAUGAUUAAUGGGUAUAUGAAGAUGGGGAAUUUCAAAGCGGGGUUUGAAUUGUUUUUGAAAAUGAGAAGGGAAGGGCUAGUGGAGGUCAAUAGCACUACUAUGGCUGUACUGUUGGAAGCUUGUGGUAGUUUUGGUAGAUAUGGAGAAGGGAUUCAGAUGCACGGGUUAGUUUCUUGUAUGGGAUUUGACUAUGAUGUGUUUUUAGGAAAUUCUUUUAUCAUUAUGUAUAGUAGAUAUGGAUGUAUAGAUGAAGCUUCUAAGAUAUUUAAUAUGAUAAGCAAGAAAGACAUUGUUUCCUGGAAUUCCUUAAUUGCUGGUUAUGUUCAAUGUGGUGAAACUGAAAAAGCUUUUAGGCUGUUUAAGAUUAUGCCUGCAAAGGAUGUAGUCUCAUGGACAACCAUGAUGUCAGGAUUCUCUAGCAAAGGGAUGACUGAGAAAGCCGUCCAAUUGUUCAGAAUGAUGCCUGAGAAGGAUGAUGUUGCUUGGACUGCUGUAAUUUCGGGUUUUGUAAAUAAUGGGGAUUAUGAGGAGGCUCUCCGUUGGUUUAUUAAGAUGCUUCAAAAGGCAAUCAGGAUCAAUCCUCUAACUUUAAGCAGUGUGCUCAGUGCUUCAGCAAGUUUGGCCAGCCUAAAUGAGGGGAUGCAGAUCCAUGCUCUUUCAUUGAAGAUGGAUAUGGAAUUUGAUUUAUCUGUUCAAAAUUCUCUGGUAUCUAUGUAUUCGAAGUGUGGGAAUGUUACUGAUGCCUAUUGGAUCUUUACAAAUAUCUCUACCCCCAACACUGUUUCAUUCAACUCAAUGAUUACUGGGUAUGCACAAAAUGGGUUUGGGGAAGAGGCGCUUAACUUAUUUAGGAGCAUGCAGAAUGAAGGUUGCAAGGCAAACCAAAUCACCUUUCUAGGUGUUCUUUCAGCAUGUGUCCAUGUGGGCCUAGUAGAAGAAGGAUGGCAGUUUUUUAAUUCAAUGAAAUCAUUACACGAUAUAGAACCAGGACCUGAUCACUAUGCUUGCAUGGUUGAUCUCCUUGGUCGGGCUGGUUUGCUAGAUGAAGCUGUCGAUUUGAUUCAUUCAAUGCCGUUUGAGCCCCAUGCCGGGGUUUGGGGAGCUCUUCUCAGUGCUAGCAGGACUCAUUUAUGUCUUGAUCUUGCCCAGCUUGCAACUCAGCGCCUAAUUCAAUUGGAUCCUGAUGAUGCAACCCCUUAUGUGGUCUUGUCCAACUUAUAUUCUACUCUGGGGAAAAUGAAUGAUGGAAACCAAGUGAUGAUGACCAAAAAAUCAAAGGGGAUAAGGAAGAGUCCAGGCUGCAGCUGGAUCAUAGUGAAGGACAAGGUUCAUUUGUUUCUUGCAGGAGAUCAAUCCCAUCCGGACUUACAAGAGAUCAAAGUAAUGCUCUGGAUCAUAACGAUGGAAAUCGGACCGCUGGAUAGAUGA